GGCGCAGGCAAAUCCUUACUCCGGGUAAACAUAUAUUGACCCUCUUUAUCUACGCCGCAAUAGACCAAUUUCUGCAAGCCGUCCUACUAGAUAGACUAAUAAGCCCUCCCUCCACACCACGCAGAAGCUUCGCCGCGAUAGUCUGAUUGGACUGACCUAAACCGAUAAUUAACGUAUCAUGUCGCCCACCGAAGCGGCGGGGCUCUCGACAACCUACGACUGCGGCCGAACAGGAACGCCAGACCUCCGCCUGCUCCAUUUCAACGACGUCUACCAUGUCGAAGCCGGCUCUGCAGAGCCCAUUGGCGGCACCCCGCGAUUCCAGACCCUGGUCAACUACUACCGCAACCACCCCAGAUUCGCCGGCCAGCCGCCGCUGCUCACUUUCUUCUCGGGCGAUGCUUUCAACCCCAGCCUCGAGAGCUCCGUUACAAAGGGCCGGCACAUGGUGCCGUUCCUCAACCAGGCUGGAACUGAUGUUGCGUGUGUAGGGAACCACGAUCUAGACUUUGGCGUUGAGCAGUUCGAACAUCUGAGGAACCAGUGCAAGUUUCCAUGGCUGCUGGCGAACAUGCUUGACCCCGCAUUGGGCGAGGGGGUGCCACUGGCCAACUGUCCCAAGACGCACAUGUUGGAGUCCAACGGUAUAAAAGUUGGAGUUAUUGGACUUGGAGAGAGGGAGUGGCUUGAUACAGUCAACGCACUCCCUCCUAUCAUCUAUAAGUCGGCGUCGGCAACGGCAAACGAACUAGUCCCCGGCCUGCGCGCACAAGGCGCCGACCUCAUCGUCGCCGUGACCCAUCAGCGGGAACCGAACGAUAAUAAAUUGGCUAAAAAGACGCCGACAGGUCUCAUUGAUAUAAUUCUAGGCGGGCAUGACCAUUUCUACGGACACAGCAUUGUCAAAUCGACCCAUGUACUCCGCUCGGGCACGGACUUUAAACAACUAAGCUACAUCGAAGCAUGGCGGAAGACGGACGGUAGCGGCGGCUGGGACUUCUCUAUCACACGCCGCGAUGUGGUUCGAGCAAUACCGGAGGACCCUGCCACAGUCGAACUGGUGGCCAAAUUGACUUCAGCACUGAAAGCCAAGCUGCAGAAACCAGUCGGUUAUACGGCGAACCCACUGGAUGCGCGGUUCACGACGGUGCGGAGGAAGGAGUCCAACCUUGGCAAUUUCGUGUGUGACCUUAUGCGCUUCCAUCACCAUGCGGAAUGUGCGAUGAUGGCAUCGGGUACUAUUCGCGGGGAUCAGAUAUAUCCUCCCGGCCCCCUGAGGGUGAAGGAUAUUCUCAACUGUUUCCCCUUCGAGGACCCAGUGGUGGUGUUGCGUGUGAAGGGGCGGGCGCUGCGAGCCGCGUUGGAAAAUGGCGUUUCCGAACUACCGGCCCUCGAAGGGCGGUUUCCCCAGGUGUCAAACAUCCAAUAUGGAUAUGCACUUUCCGCACCACCUGGAUCCCGCAUUGCCUUUGUUAAAGUAGGUGGAGAAGAUCUUGAAGAUGACAGGCUGUACACACUCGCGACUCGCGGUUAUAUGGCGCGGGGCAAGGAUGGGUAUACAGCACUUCUUACAGAGUCUGAAGGGGGGGAAGCGGAGGAGAUAAUCUCUGAGGAAAACGGGGUUUUGAUCAGCACAAUUCUUCGACAGUAUUUUCUCAGCCUGAAAGUACUUGGCACAUGGAAUCGGUUAGGCCCGAGUCUGCAUCGUCACUGGGACUCAGUGAACGAACGCUGGCACGGGCCUGGCUGGAUGGAAGCCACCUCUCCGCUCGCCUCCCCAGAAGAGCAGCCCAAGAAACCAAUCGUAGACGGUAAUGAAACCCCAGAAAAAAUUUCCAGUAGCUUUCAAUACGAGAGCGCCAAUCCACGACAUAAAGAUGAACCAGGCAAAGCAGCGGAUCAGCUCUCACGCGGAGACCAACCAGAUGGCUAUGACAGUGGCAGCAACGGCAGCACUACUAGCGAGAGUGAGAGCACUAUGGAUUCUGAAUCUGACUCUGAGCCGGAGAUCCUCAGCCGACCUCGCAACUAUGUAACUACAGCCGCUCGAUCUGUCGAAGAUGCAGACCACCGCGAGGUAGUGGCUCGACACUUUGUGCGCAAAUGGCGAGAGAAGGCCGGGCUUGGUCCUGACAAGGUGCAGCCCGUUGAUCACGCCACGAAUGGAUUUUCGCCAGCGUGGACACGGGCCAUUGCGCCGGUGCUGGAAGGGAGAAUUGUCCAGAUCGAUAGGAAGAAAGCCUGAGCGAAGUUAAGUUUUAACCUUGGCACUGAGAGGCCAUGCAUGGGAUGCUGGGUGAAGUAACGAGAUCAUGAUAUUCAAUUUGGAAAGGGGCCGGCGGCGAACCUGGACAUUGGACAGAACGGACUUUAUCAAGAUUUUCCAAGGGACAUGGACCUGUAGCAGAAAAAGAAAGGAAAAAAAAAAGAAUAAACAUAACGGUGUAAAAAAAGAAAGAAGAAAAUAAUUAGACACUGGGUCGGCCAGAGUGCUCCAAAGGGCAAGCUAAAACGGCAGGAUACGAGUGUGAUAGGCGGUUAUUGAGGAUCGGAGUUCCAUCAUGGUUUUUUUUGUUUUCGCUUUGUGAUUUCCCAGCGUACAUCUUGUUUCUUAGAUCUCGGGUUGGACUUCAUACAUCGUAGAUAGAUUCAUGGUGCUAAGUUUACCAAGUUCAACCAGCUGCCGGUUACCAGAUCCCUGGAUAUUCCUGCCGCGCCACUUGACGGAUACUCUGCACGUUCGCCAUGGUUGAAGAAGAAUAUGAAGAAUAAUAGGAACAAUAGCAAUCAUAAAUAGCAUCUUCAGACUUUUUCCCUCGUUUCCGAGCAGAUGGAGAUCCCCAACUUCCAAGAACAUACCCAGCUAACUAACCAACUAAGGUUUG